AUGCUGAAGAGUGGGAUCCAGCAGGCGCUCCGCGCUUCCAUGCGCAGGCCGGCCAUCCGCCGCAGCGCAUUUUCGCCCAUGAAGAAGAGCUUCGCCCCAGCUAUGUCCACACGCUUCGCCAGCACCGAUGCUACAAAGGAUGGCAAGAUUCACCAGGUUAUUGGCGCUAUCGUUGAUGUCAAGUUCGACACCGAGCAGCUCCCUGCUAUUCUCAACGCUGUCACAACCCAGAACGGUGACCAGAAGCUGAUCCUCGAAGUCGCUCAACAUUUGGGUGAGAACGUCGUCCGCUGCAUUGCCAUGGACGGUACCGAGGGUCUCGUCCGAGGUUCCAAGGCCACCGACACCGGUGCUCCCAUCAAGAUCCCCGUUGGUCACGGUACCCUUGGUCGUAUCAUGAACGUCACUGGUGACCCCAUUGACGAGCGUGGUCCCAUCAAGGCCACCAAGUACGCCCCCAUCCACGCCGACCCCCCGGAGUUCACCGAGCAGUCCACCUCCGCCGAGGUCCUCGUCACCGGUAUCAAGGUUGUUGACCUGUUGGCUCCUUACGCUCGUGGUGGAAAGAUUGGUCUCUUCGGAGGUGCCGGUGUCGGAAAGACUGUGUUCAUUCAGGAGUUGAUCAACAACAUCGCCAAGGCCCACGGUGGUUUCUCCGUCUUCACUGGUGUCGGUGAGCGUACCCGUGAGGGUAACGAUCUGUACCACGAGAUGCAGGAGACUUCCGUCAUUCAGCUUGACGGUGACUCCAAGGUCGCCCUUGUCUUCGGUCAGAUGAACGAGCCCCCGGGUGCCCGUGCCCGUGUUGCCCUUACUGGUCUUACCGUUGCUGAGGCCGGUUCCGAGGUGUCUGCUCUUCUCGGUCGUAUUCCCUCUGCCGUCGGUUACCAGCCCACCCUCGCCAUCGACAUGGGUGUCAUGCAGGAGCGUAUUACCACCACCACCAAGGGAUCCAUUACCUCCGUCCAGGCCGUCUACGUGCCCGCUGACGAUUUGACUGACCCUGCUCCCGCCACCACCUUCGCCCAUUUGGACGCCACCACUGUCUUGUCCCGUGGUAUCUCCGAGUUGGGUAUCUACCCCGCCGUCGACCCUCUUGACUCCAAGUCCCGUAUGUUGGACCCCCGUGUCAUCGGUCAGGACCACUACGACACCGCCACCCGCGUCCAGCAGAUUCUCCAGGAGUACAAGUCGCUCCAGGAUAUCAUUGCCAUUCUCGGUAUGGACGAGUUGUCGGAAGCUGACAAGCUUACCGUCGAGCGCGCCCGUAAGAUCCAGCGUUUCUUGAGCCAGCCUUUCGCUGUCGCCCAGGUCUUCACUGGUAUUGAGGGCAAGCUUGUCGACCUCAAGGACACCAUCCGCUCAUUCAAGGCUAUCUUGACUGGUGAGGGUGACGACCUUCCCGAGGGUGCUUUCUACAUGGUCGGUGACUUCGAGUCAGCCCGCGCCAAGGGAGAGAAGAUUCUUGCCGAGCUCGAGAAGUCAUAG